GCCGCGGAGGCCCCGCCCCAACGGCGUCCACAAGCCAAUCGGCGGCUCGUCCGCGGGGUGGGUGGGCAUCCGAGAGUGGGCGGGCUGUCGGGGCGGGGCCUGAGCGGGCGGGGCCUGCGUGGCCGGUUAGGCAGGGCCGGAGGGGCGGGGCGCCGCGGCCCGCGGGCAGCCGGGAGCAGGCGGAGCCGGCGUGGACGCGAAGGCCGCGGCGGGCGGCGACGCGGACCCCGAGAGGCGCCCAGCUGGUGGAGAUGGAGACAGCAGGGACGUAUCGGGUUCUGCAGGCCCCAGGGCCGUGCCUGGGCACCCCAAGCCCCCCAGGUGUGAGCACGCUUGAGCCCACGCUCACCCCAGCAUCCGCGGCGUUGCACACAGCCCAUGCGCUCGACAAGCACCUGCACGUCCGAGUGAAGCUGCUGGACAACACCAUGGAGCUCUUUGCCGUCGAGCCCAAGCGCAACGGCCAGGUUUUGCUGACUCAGGUGUGGAAGCAUUUAAAUCUCAUAGAAUGUGACUACUUCGGGCUGGAGUUCCAAACAAUCCAGUCCUACUGGAUUUGGCUUGAACCUAUGAAACCCAUCAUUAGGCAAGUACGAAGGCCCAAGAAUGCAGUGCUUCGUCUAGCAGUGAAGUUCUUCCCUCCUGACCCAGGCCAGUUGCAGGAGGAAUAUACCAGAUACCUGUUUGUCCUGCAACUGAAGAGAGACCUUCUGGAGGAGCACCUGCGCUGUGCAGAUGCCACAGCGGCCCUCCUCACAUCCCACCUCCUGCAGGCGGAAAUAGGAGACUUUGAUGAAAGUCUGGAUCGGGAGCACCUCCGAGCGCACGUGUACUGGCCCCGACAGGAGCGCGCACUCGGCAAGAUCCUGGAGUUCCACCGGAGGCACGCGGGCCAGACACCUGCUGAGUCGGAUUUCCAGGUGCUUGAGGUUGCCCGGAAGUUGGAAAUGUAUGGCAUCAGAUUCCACACAGCUUCCGAUCGGGAAGGGGCCGAGAUUCACCUGGCCGUUUCCCACACAGGGGUCCUUGUGUUCCAGAACACCACCAAAAUUAACACUUUCAACUGGUCCAGGGUCCGUAAACUCAGCUUCAAGAGGAAAAGGUUUCUUGUCAAACUCCACCCAGAGGUCCAUGGACCUUACCAGGACACUCUGGAAUUCUUGUUAGGUAGCAGAGAUGAAUGUAAGAACUUCUGGAAGAUCUGUGUGGAGUAUCACACCUUUUUUAGACUUUUUGAUCAACCUAAGCCAAAGGCUAAAGCCGUCCUCUUCAGCAGGGGCUCCUCCUUCAGAUACAGCGGGAGAACUCAAAAACAACUAGUAGAUUAUGUCAGAGACGGUGGGAUGAAGAGAAUUCCGUAUGAAAGAAGACACAGCAAGACUCGGAUGUCUAUCCGCAUUCUGACUGCAGACUCCCCAAGACAGAGCAUCUCAUUCCCCGAGGGCAUGCGGACUUCUGCGUCCCCAUCUCCAGUGGGUGCCUCCUGUUCGGUCUCCUCCACCGCCCCGCCGGCCCCUCCAGGCCUGCCUGGCUUCCAGGGCAGCAGCGGCUCCAUGAGUGAGCUCCAGGCGCCAGAGGACAGGAGGCCAGCUGCUGAGAGGAGCAGUGGGGCAGCAGCCCGAGGCCCUGACACCUGCCGGGCCCCACCCCCACGGUCCCCUGCGCUGCAGCCGUGUCAAGGUGUCGGGUUUUGUCGUGUCGUGAGGAGUUGCAGCCCCUUAGGCCUGGGUGCUGGGGGUGCUGGCAGAAAUGACCGUGGUGGGGGCGCAUUGCCCGCAUGCUCGUCCCCCUCCAAUGUGGAGCACCUGUGUGGUGGGCAGGGCGGGGGGGCCCCCACUUUCACAUUGACAACCACCCGGCUGCAGGUUUCUGAGGAGUUCAUAGAUGACGACCCGGCGGACAUCUCCUUCUUUGCCGGAGGUGCUGAAGCCUUUUCCCUCCCAUACUGCAGGCCAGCCCCACGGGCACCUGCGUGUGCUUCCCCGGGACCCCCCGCCUCCGGCCUGGGCAGGUGUACCCCUGAGGUGGGCCACCUGCACAGAGAGCAGGGCUUCAAGUUUGAGGAGGAGAGUGGCUUUGGCAGCAGCGUGCGCCCCCCAGACACCUCAGAGCUGUUCGAGGUGAAGGCGCAGGCCAGCCUGGCGCAGAGCCUGCUGAGCGCCUCGGAGGCCGGAUCGCUCUGCCACGUGCCGCUGCUCGGCGGCCUGUCUGCGCACACGCCCAGCUCGGCCAGCCAGUCCGAGGCCAGUUCCAUGGCCAACUUCCCAGCCUGUUCAGUCCGCUCCGAGUCCAGCUCGGCCCUCCAGUUCUCUGACAUCAUCGACCAGUUAGAGCAGCUCAGCUACCCGCCCACGACGGCCGAGGACUCCAGCAGCCCAGACACAGAUUCCUGGGGCUCCGAGGCUGAGGCCCCCCUAGACAUCAGGCUUUUCUUCAGCAACCCUUUUACACAGACAAGAGGGGAGAGAGUCAUUUUCGAUUUGCAGAAUAAUGUAAAGAAUUUGACUCCAGGAGAAUGGAUAGAUAAAAACCCAAGCACGAUUCUUAAGGGCCCCCUGGUUUGCAGAGUGGGCAGUGAGCACCGGCUUCAGCUGAAAGUCACUGACCGCUUUAGCCCCUGUAAGAGACUCAGCCAGUCGUCCUCUGAAGCUGUGAAGCCAGGCACUGACUUCUCCUCUCCAGCUAUGAAGGCCCCAGGCGGCGGCGGCUUCCAAGGAGGCUGUUUCGUCUACACUGAAGGCACCAACUCCUACUCGUCUGAAGUACCCGGCCCCCAGACAGGCCUCAGUGGCCAAGGGGAACAGGCAGGAGAGAGGAAAGCUGGAAAGGUACGAGGGUCCACGGAGGGCUGGACGGAGCCUGCGAGGGGCUCAGAGAAGCAUGGACGGAGAUGUCCCCCAACCCAGCCCUCUGUCUGCCGCCUGCCAUCUGCCGAAGCAGCCCUCAGCUGGCCCAGAGGGACCUACCUUAUCUCUCAGGAGUUUCUCGGCAAAGGCUACCUGCACAAGGUCACCAGGAAGGGCCUGCAGCAGAGGAUGUUCCUCCUGCUCGCAGAUGUGCUGCUGCACAGGAGCAAAGGGGUGUCGGGAGCCAGCCACUUCCGGAUCCGGGGCCUGCUCCCGCUCCUGGGCAUGACGGUAGAAGGGAGAGAGAAUGAAUGGCCUAUUCCACACUGUCUCACCAUUCACGCAGCUCAGGAGACAAUCGUGGUGGCAGCCAGCACCCAGCUGUAAAAAGAGAAGCGGAUGCAUGACCUGGCCACGGCCACUGAUGCAGCCAAGAACAGGCUGCCACCUCCCUGGCAGUGUGCACCCCACCCCACAGCGAGUUCUGGCCAGGACCCCGCAAGACUCCCACAGCACCUGAGGAAGCUUCUGUACAUCGGUGUUCCUUGGCCACAGCCCACCCGCUGAGCUCUCGCUUUCCUUCCACAAGGGCCACCCCAGGCUGUACAGCGGGGAAGGGGCUGCAGGCUCCCAGGCUUCGGCCUGCUGCUGCCCCGGGCGCCAGGCUCUCUAGAGGGGCACAGCCAGCAACGGGCCACCACCACGGUGCACAUGUGCGGGCACCGGAACACGACCAUCUCCAGAGCCAACCACAGUGCCGCCACCCAGGUGUGGCUCCCGCAAGCUCCCCCUCUGCUGUGCCAGCGGCUGGUGAGGCAGCAGGGCUGGGCAGACACACAAGUGGGUUGCCUCGCACUCCCCUUGGGCAGGAGGGCAACUUGGAAGAUGUCCUCAGGCACAGCAGCCAGGGGCCACUUGUCCUCCCCGAGUCGUCUUCUGGGUCCAUCACCUGAAGCUGCCGCCUUGGACUCCAGCCACUCGGUCCUCAAGCUGCCUCCAUUCGGUGUGGCUUCUGAGCUCGUCGAACCCGUGGGUGGGAACAGCAAAGCCAGGCAGAAGCACUCAGAGCCCCAGGCUCACCUGUCAGAUGGGGCCUGA